AUGGGGCAUCAGGUGAUAAUAUUUGACUUUUCUCUCAUAAGAGGACUGUGGGAAACUCGAGUUAAGAGGAGCAAAGAACGUCAGAGGAAAGAGAAAGAAAGAUUAGAAAAAAGCUCACUGGAGAAGAUAAAGCAGUUUCAGGAAUGGAAUUUCAUACUAGAAUGCCGGAAGAAGGGCAUUCCUCAAUCAAAGUACCUUAAGAAUGGUUUUGUAGACACUGAUGAGAAGAUCUUGGACGCUUAUGGAAAGACUCCUCAGCGCCAGAAGAGGCAUGCUUUGUCAGAUGAAGUAAAUAAGGAAGAAAGCAAGUUUGUUUUAAAGCUUUCUGGAGAGCAGUGGACGGAAUUCCCAGAUUCUCUAAAAGAACAGAUUUAUCUGAAAGAAUGGCAUGUGUACAAUACAUUGAUACAAACAAUUCCAACCUACAUUGCAUUAUUUCAAGAUUUGAGGGUACUGGAGUUGUCAAAAAAUCAAAUCAGUCAUCUCCCAGUGGAAAUUGGCUGCUUAAAAAACCUGAAAGUGCUCAAUGUGAGCUUCAAUAAUUUAAAGUCAGUCCCUCCAGAAUUGGGUGAUUGUGAGAAUCUGGAAAAACUGGAUUUGUCUGGAAAUAUGGAAAUAACAGAGCUUCCAUUUGAACUAAGUAACCUGAAACAAGUCACAGUUGUGGAUGUGUCAGCAAACAAGUUCCAUUCUAUUCCAAUUUGUGUACUCCGGAUGUCUAAUUUGCAGUGGCUGGAUAUUAGCAGCAACAACCUGAAAGAUCUCCCAGAAGACAUAGACAGGUUAGAUCAACUACAGACACUUCUCCUACAGAAAAACAAGUUGACGUAUCUUCCACGAGCUCUAGUCAAUAUGCCAAAGCUCAGUUUGCUAGUUGUCAGUGGUGAUGACCUGGUGGAGAUACCCACAGCAGUCUGUGAGUCAACCACAGGUUUAAAAUUCAUAAGUCUCAAGGACAGCCCAGUUGAAACCAUUGUAUGCAAAGACACUGAAGAAAUUAUAGAAAGUGAACGUGAACGGGAGCAAUCUGAGAAAGAUUUUAUGAAAGCAUACAUUGAAGACCUAAAGGAAAGGGAUUCUACUCCUUCCUACACUACGAAAGUGUUACUCAGUCUUCAACUCUGA